AUGGCAGACCCUAGAUACGGUCGAGGACCACCUUCGCGUUCGCACGAUGUCGAAAACCGGCUCAAAGAUUGGGACAGAGCCUUACGUGCGGAUAUUUUAGCAAAAGCACAGAGACAAUAUGAGUCGGCAGCGCAUGAGCUACGAGUUAGAGCACAGCGAGAAGCACAAGCAGUUGCGAAAUUACAAGCGCAACAGGCUCAAUAUCGUGCUCUAACGCGUCCUCCACCUCGAAUUCAGGUCCAAGCCCCAAUACAGACUCGGAUGCAAGCGCAACCGAGAUACGCACAACCUCCCCAGCCUGUCUCGAGAACCUCGGCAUACAUAGGAAGACCCGCCCCCGCCCCUGCCUCUGCUCCGACCUCUGCACCCGGCCCGAGUCCAGUCACUCCUCAGCCAAGGCAGAGCUAUGCUGCACCUCGUGAAAUCCCGCCGCGAUCAAGCACACCCACAGCAAGAACUAUGAGAGUGACCCCUCCAGCUGAGUCGAACGCUUUAGAACUUGAAGAACUCAAACGGCGUUAUUUUGCACAAUUAGCUGACGCGCAGUCUCCAGAAGCACGCGAGCCUCAGCCCCGGCAUCAUAUCAGACACUUGGCUAGUGACAGUGCUCAUGCGCAUUAUACUCGCGCAAGUGCCGUCGGACACCCUCGGGGACAAGUUCGCUCGCUUGCAGAUGAAUAUCUGGACUUUUAUAUGCCUGCAAAACGUGGACCACAGUCUUCUAGUUUCUACAAUGCACCUCAAAUGGCUUCACCAAGACAAUAUGAACGGAGGAGCCCAGAGAGGUAUUACCAAGAAUUACGGGAUGAAAGAUCCCAUGCAUACUCUGCUGAAGUUGCUCGUCGUUCUGUUCUACCUGAGAGACCACUACCGCAGCCUGUUGAGCAGCGGCACCAUCAACAAAGUAGAACGCCUGCACCUGCAGCUAAAGAGUCACCCUCACCACCUCAAGCAUCUAAGUCAAAUCUGUCUUUCUUGCUUAAUCCGACUCAGGGUGCUUCUCCAAAAGCUAAUCAGAACUUUGAUGGGCGUGCGCAAAGCAGUGUGCUAGCAAACUGGGGUCCGCAUUCGAAAGAUGAUGUAACAGGUGAACAUUCUCCGAGACACUCAACACAGGAUGAUUAUCAUGGCACAGCAGCAAGAUCGGCGAAUAACUACCCAGAAAAUGAUUCCGAUAUGGAUCGCCGCGAUCUUGACGUGAAACCAAGUAUAACCCGUGCAGAUUCACAGCGGUCUGAAGAAAACAGGAAGCACUGGUGGCUGCGCUCCAAGACUUCUUCGCACUCCCCGCCCCGAUCAAGCGAGGCGCAAAAACCGAAUGAGCAAGCGGGAUCACCUCCGGGGAGUGUUCUGAAGGAACGUCUCCGUUCAUCUUACUCGCGUCCAGAAAAGAGAAAAGCUUCACCGCCACCACAGUCCCCAGCAGAGUCUGAAGCGUCUGUGAUAGAAGAACCACGACCGAAGAAGCGAGCAUACGGACGGCUGCCGCGGACCGUCGAGUCUGAUAGCAUGUCAGACCUUAGCCCCGAAGAAGAAGAGGGGAUGGAGGAUCAUCACUCUAUGCAGCAAGAGUCCGACUCCAGAAAAUCCGCGACACUAGACGCCACGCGUUCUAAACAUGCUAUUAGUAGAACCGAGCAAAGUGAUAAGCUUGACGACGCCUCUCGCCACCGUGUCAAACGUUCCGCCACAGAUGACGGGACGCGACUUGAUGCCAGAAGCAAUCGGAGGAGAAUAUCUACGGACCAAGGAAGCGGUAGUUCGAUGAGUUCGAUGUCUAUUUCGUCAGCGCCGUCUCCAGUUGCGUAUCAUCCAGAGGCUGCGUCUUUAAAAGCUGAAGAAGUAGAUGACGAAAUAGCUUCUUCUCCCGUCGACAAAGACGAAGACGCGCAGGUGCCUGGUUCUUCUGGGCUCAAAUACAGCACGGAAACGUCCAAGCGGCGACAUGCAUCGGAACCGUCGCCCGACGAAGGCCACGAGGCUAAAAGACGCCUUCGACCACGCACUAACGCAGCCUAG